AUGUCUUCUUCACCAACAUACAUGCGCCUCAAGGGCCAGAACCUAGUCUAUGCAGUCACACUCUCUUGCUCUCUUGGCUUCCUGCUUUUCGGUUACGACCUGGGCUUCAUGGGGGGACUCACCACAUCCCCAGAAUUCCUCGCGACCUUUGGCAAUCCAGAUCCAACACUCCUUGGCUUCUUAGUCUCAUCUUACGAGAUCGGAGCUUUGUUCGGAGCAGUCUUUGUGUUCCUGCUUGGAGAUCGCUACGGUCGUAGGCCCAUCAAGUUGUCCGGAGCCGGUGUCAUCUCGAGCGGCGCAAUCAUCCAGUGCACCUCAUUCGGCGUUGGUCAAUUCCUCGCUGGUCGCAUCAUUGCUGGCUUCGGUCUUGGUAUGAUGACUUCAGUCAUUCCAAUCUGGCUUGCCGAGUGUGCUGCACCAAAGUCUCGUGGACGUAUGAUUGCCAUGCAGCUGUCCAACCUCAUCAUGGGUCUCAUCAUCGCCAACUGGCUUGACUAUGGUAUGGCUUCCUAUGCUUCCAGCAUUCAGUGGCGAUUCCCUUGCGCUUUCCAGAUUGCAUUCUGCAUCUGUAUCGCCUGUCUCGUACCAUUCCUGCCAGAGUCACCUCGCUACCUGGCAAAGAAGGGAGACUCGGCUCUCGCUAUCAACAAUCUUGCGGCUCUGCGUGGCAUGACUCAAGACGAUCCCGAGUUGCAGCAAGAGAUGAAGGACAUCGAGUACAUCGUCGAGGUCGAGCAGCGUGAAGAAGGCACCUGGAGUGAUGUGUUCAGGGACGGAGGCAUCAGUGGCUCCACCCGGGUCCUCAUCGCUUGCGUCGCCAAUGCACUCCAACAACUCACUGGCUCCAAUGUCAUGUCCAGCUUUGGACCAUACAUCUUCCAAAAGUCGAUUGGCAUGACUCGCCACCAGGCGCUUUUGGUGUCGGGAGGUCUGCAGGUUUUCUUCUUUGUCAGUAGUAUCAUUCCUUGGUUCAUCAUCGACAGAGUUGGGCGGCGCCGCCUUUUCCUGUUCGGGUCGACUGGUCUCGCGAUCUGUAUGGGGUUGUCGGCUGUCUUUGUUGGUGUCAAGGGCAACAAGAGCCUGGGCUAUGGUGCAGCUGUCAUGCUGUAUCUCUACCAGACUUGCUUCACAGUCGGUUGGAUGAGCAACAUGUGGGUUUAUCCUUCUGAGCUUUUGCCUCUCAAGCUUCGUCUUCGUGGCGCCGCACUCUCGGUCGUGUUCCAGUGGCUUGCCACUUUCCUCAUCGUCGAGAUCGUUCCAAUCAUGAUCAGCAACAUUGGCUACAAGUCAUACAUCGUCUUUGCAGCCAUCAAUGUCGCAACCAUCCCAAUAGUUUACUUCUUCUUUGUCGAGACCGCCGGCCUUCCUCUCGAGGCAGUUGAUAUCCUGUUCGCAGACCGCGACGGCAAGCGUCCCAGUAUCCUGCAAGUCGUCCGAGCCAGCAAGAACAAGGAGUACAUGGCCGAAAUUGUGUCUAGACUACACAUGGAGGCAGACAUUCAGGUUGAAGUCAGGAAGGGCGUCAAAGAGGACAUUGAGUUUGUCGAGAAGGUAGAAGCUUGA